GAUAAAAUGUUUAGAUAUCAUAUAAAAAUUCCAGUAGAGCUGGAACCCGAGUACAGUGAAGGAUUCACUUGUGAUCAUUGUGGAAAAGAAGUGAUGAAGGGACCAUUUUAUCAUCAAGAAAAAAAUGGCACUGAUUUUUGUAUUUCCUGCGGGGAUAAGCAAGGGUUGACACCAUUCAAUGGACUCAUUGCUUCUCUUUUUUUCACUGACGAUGAAAAGCUUUUGUCUGAUUAUAAAACGCAUAGUUUUGUACUCUUUGGUUUUAAAAUUGAUUCGAGCACGUAUGGCUUCUUUUUCGAUGAUAACUCCAAUCUUAUUUUUAGAAUAACUGAAGAUGGAUCCUUGUAUGGAUUUUUGCAUAUUGCAAACGAUAACGGCACCAUUAUGAAGACAAGCUUAGAUAACAAUACAUCUAAAUCACGAUAUCCAUGGGCUGAUUUGGGGGUAACUCGUUUAUUACCGGUCGAAGUAGUUCUUCAUCAAUCACCACAAGAGACAAUUCCUUUCGGCGAGCUGUUUAUUAGUGGCUUUUCAGCGACUGAAAAAGGGUUUUCACUGAAUUUAGGUGAUGGCUGGGAACAGUUCUUCAACAUAGAUCAAGGAACUGAAACAGUGCGCAAAUAUGAUUAUACAAUCAUGGUUAUACCAAAUUACUAUAUUUCGACAAUUCACUCUAGAGAAAGGACAGAAAAAGUAUUUUAAUAACAGUAACUCAUAGAAAUUUUAACUUUUCAUAGAACAAAGACUGUUGUUUUUUCCUUUAGACUUUACGUAGCAUGUCUUGACAUAUAUCUAUAUCAUAUUUUUUCAUGGAUCCAUUCAUCCUAUGCAUAAAAACCUACUU